GAGUCACUUUCAAUCCACUCUCCCUGCUCUCCCUCCUCCUCCGUGAAGCCUCGCUGGCCGUGCCAUCUCCACGCGCGUCUGCCCCGGUACCACUGCAUUGCCCGGCCUAUCCUCUGGGAAUACCUCCCAGUCCCUGCAGCAUCCUGCCAGCAUCUACUCUCGUCACUCGUUCAGAUCUCAUCCUACCCACGCUGCCAGGUCCGAGUCCCCCUCCAUCUCUUAUAAACCGGCGCAUGCCGCCCUGUGCGUCGCUCGCCCCUCUCCCUCAUGCCCUUCUUCAAGAACGUCUUCCGCUCCAAGGAAGGCCCCCGAUCCUCCUCCAAGGCUGCCAAAUACGCCGACCAUGAUGCAAUACCCAAUCAGUCGAAGCCGCGUUGGGAGGACGCAUGGUCUAGAAAAGAUGUUGCACCCGAGGAGAUACAGGAGCUCGUACACGUUUGCACGCACGAGUUGAAGUCGAGAGCCGUCGACAUACCCUUCCUCCUACUGCCCUUCCGUCCUUCAGCCGACCCAAGCGCCUCUCGGACUUUCAUUCGCAACUUCUUCAAGUCGGCCUACGAGGGCACAAACCUGUAUACCGGCGAAGCACUAGCGCGAGAGCUGCGCCUCACAGAGCCGCCGGUCCUCUGCAGUAUAAUCAAAUGGUGUUGGAGUCGGAUGCCUUCAGGCGUUGUCACCUGGGACGCCUAUGAACUUUUCCGUAUCGGGGAGUCGGACUCCAACUUCGCCAGGCAUGCCUUCGACACCUUUAUACCCCUCAGCGUCGACUCGGAGGCUCGGAAGCAGAUCAUCAUCGACUUCUUCGACCUGCUUGCCGCCGUGGCUGCAAGGGGCAAGACCAACGGCAUGGGAGGGAGGAAACUCUCCCGAAUGGCUGGAUGGUGGGCCUUCGAGCAUACCGACGACGGCAAGGGCUUCGACGGUGGAUACCGCACGUGGGCAAAAGCUGCCGAUGCUGCCAGCCAUCUGUUCUUCGCCUACCUGCGCUCCCUCUCUCCAGAUCCGAAUGUCAUGGGCGCCAUCUCAACCCUUCCCCGUUCGUUGCAGUCGCUCCUCUCACAGACCGAGUAUCCUCCCCAGCCGCCGCUCCUGAUGCACGUCACCACUACCAAAGUCGUCAUGAUUGUAGAUGCUGUGUCUCCGACUCCCUUUGCCUUACUCCGCCGCGCCAAGCACUUCGAAUACCGAGACGACGACGAGGCCCUGCAGCAAUUCUCUUCUUACGACGAUCCGGUCAAGGCCCUCACAGACGAGUGCCGAAGAGUACUAGAGUGCAUCUCCCGAACGAAUCAGUCGGCUGCUGCUGGUGCUGAGGGGGAUGCCUCCUGGUCCCGCUUCGAAGACUUGGGCUUCUCGGGCUUAUUGGACACUCCCAUUUCAACCUCCGCCAAUGGUACAUCUUACUCUAAUAGCCCUCGCGAAUUCUCCAGCUUGACGUCGAACCAACGCUCCAAGAAUAAUGACUUCGGGCGACCUACAACACCCUCUUGGGCAGACUUCCUCUCUUCGGGAUUCGCCGACGAGAACGGACAGACCUCCCCACCGACGCUCCUCCUUCCACCUGAUAAGAUCCUGCCUCCGAUUGGCGAAGUCAGUCGUGUACAGAGCUCGCAGUCGCACAUGCGUCAGGGGCUUCAAGCGGAGAAUGAUCUGGAACCCGGCGAACUCGCCAGUAUCACUCAGUUUGAUCUCGACGAGACGUUCUGGUGGGUAUGGAUGACGAGCUUAGCCGCCGAGGAGCCCACCGGGCGCAAAGCCGUCUUCGGUAGGUGCACCUUACUCGAAACCCGAAUCUCAGGCGCAAAAUGGCUGGUUAUGGAGGAGCAAGUGAAGGGGGCUUCCGACGGGCCCGAAGAGGGAGCCUAUAUCGCCGAAAAGAAGGGCCGCUUCAGUUUCAGGACGCGCCUCGGUCGGCGGAAAUCCUUGGGGAAGAAGCCAGCCACGCUCAAAGAGCCCUACAACCGGAAUGCGGCCAACGCACCCGCAAGCAAAACCAACAUAGGCCCGGAUCAGCAGGCGCGAGUUCAAGCCGCGGCAGCCCGUCUUGCUCAGGAGCAACGACAAGAGCAGGAAUCGGCGCAAGCGGCCCAGCGACGAGCCAGGAAGGAUGACACCUUGUCAAUCAAGACCAACAGCGUACUGACUCUGCAACCGCAUCUGUUAGCCGAGGCCGCCCCAGCUAUGAAGUGGGACAAGAAGUUUGGCGAAGCCGCCCUGGAUCGGGAUGCGCUGCGUGCGCAGUAUCUGGGAGACGUCACCGCAGGGAAGGGGUCUCGAGAUAACCUACUGGCGGCCGCAAAUGGUGGCACAUCAAGCUCACGCAGAGAUCUUACCAAUCGUGAUCUUCCCUCGUUGCCAAAGGAAGUGUCGGAGCCUGGUAGAGAUGCAACCCCGUCCCCGGCUCCACCUCCCGCCACCCGGGCCGCCGCAAGCACAGCGCCUUUGACAUCUACCAUGUUGGACGAGAAGCCUGUUCCUGACGAUCAGCUCGACACCCAUCCUGCAUUGAGGAAACCAGUCCCGGAGCGUAAACCGGUCGCGCCCCCUAAGGAGGAUCAUCCGGAAGACAGCGUUCCCGAGGCUGCAAAGAAGUCUCCCCCCAAGAAGUUGAAGAAGCACACGGGUGGCGGCGGCGGUGGGUUCAGGAAGCUCUUCGGCAAGAAGAAGGCCGACCCUCAUGCACCUGCCCAUGAAGAGCGUGCGCCUAGCCCAUUCGUGCCGCCAGCUGACUCAGGACGGUAUACCCCCCAGCCGGAAAGGAACGCCUCCGUAGCCCACGAGCCGUCCCCAGCAUAUUCCGCAGAGCCUCAUCCGCCACUCCGCGCGCAGUCUCCGGACAUCGAGCCCAGUCCCGCUGUAUCCGCACUCUCCCAGCCCAAGACAUACAGCGACGUUUCCAACCCAGCUCCAUCGAGCCCAGACGUGUACGCCCAACGCGAAGCCAACCAGGCCUUCUCGCGAUUCGACCAAGGCCCCAUGGAGGACAUGCCUGCGUUCGUUCCCGAGGAUUCGUCUGGAGAAGUCACGCCCCUCGUUUCCGACUUCCCGCACCAGCCUGCUCAACCCGAGUCCUCCCACAGGGAAGACGUCGUCACUCCCACCUCCAGACAGGCGGCCCCUAGGGCCAGCGACGACGUCUCAGAAGAGUCGGUCGAUCUGUCGAGGCAAAUGACGCCCGCGCAGGACCGGUGGGCGCAGAUCCGCAAGAAUGCAGCCGAAAGGGCGGCGAGGCUGAGCGAGGAGCAGACGCGGCGGAGCAGGAGUCACAGCGCGAGGACGGACGAGGGGGAGACGAGUGGGGAGGAGACGAUUGAGAGCCGGGUGGCGAGGAUCAAGGCGCGGGUGGCCAUGCUGACGAACAAUGCCGAGGGGCAGGGGCCGGCGAUGCAUUAGUGAGGAAGUCGGAGGGAGCAAGCCAUGAGGUGAGAUGAGGUGUUGAAUGAGUGAGGUCGGGAGACACGGAGCUGACUUUGAUAGAGCCGACAGGAGCGACAAGCGAC